CGCUGGUUGAUGACGCUUGUGGAGUCCUUCACCACGUGUGCGUCCGCGAGCCGGCUUUAAGUGGCUUCCCUUGCCUUGGUACCUAUUCGGCGGCGACCCCGCGGCCCCGUGGGCGCGGCCGGAGACCAUGGAGCACCUCUCCGUGGAGCUGGUGGCCGGGCCGCUGAGGCUAAUCGCCAACAAGAACGAGAAGAGCCGCGGCGAGCUGAACAGGUUCCUCACCAAGCCGGUGUGGACACCUCAAGAUCGCCAGUGUAUCCUGAAUUCCUUGGCACAGUUGCUCCUUGAUAAGGACUAUACCCUUUUGCUUGGUCGCCAGUUGCGCCCUAUCCUUUUGGAUUUGCUGGAAAGAAAUGCUGAAGCCAUUAAAAUUGGAGGCCAAGUUAACCAUGAUCUACAUGAACGUCUCAGUGUGUCAAUGAGCAAACUCAUUGGUAACCAUCCUGACGUUCUUCCGUUUGCCCUGCGCUAUUUCAAGGACACCUACCCAGUGUUUCAGAGACUCUUCCUUGAGAGUUCCGAUGCUAACCCCGUACGCUAUGGACGCAGGAGAAUGAAGCUCCGGGACCUAAUGGAAGCUGCCCACACAUUUCUGCAGCAGAGGCAGCUUGUUUUCCGGGAGCUCUGGGACUGGAGUGUGUGUGUGCCUCUCCUCAGGAGCCAUGAUGCUUUGGUGCGCUGGCAUACAGCUAACUGUCUUGCUUUGGUGACCUGCAUGAAUGAAGAGCACAAGUUAGCCUUCCUAAGGAAGAUUUUCAGUAGUGACGAAUUGGUGCAUUUCAGAUUGAGGUUGUUAGAAGAGGCCCAGCUGCAGGACUUGGAGAAGGCCUUGGUUUUGGCUAACCCAAAAGCCUCCCUUUGGCACAAGGGAAAGGAGCCCCAGUACAUUCAGGGACACCUUGUUUCAGCUGACCUCUCUUCCAGUGUGACGGCUGUCUGUGGUAUAGUGCUGCCCAAACAACCAUCUGGUUCUGGAGAACAGGCAAGUGACAGGAGUUCUUCACGGGACCAGGAGCUGGCUCUGAAAUCCUUUGUGUUGGUUGAGUCUGUGUGUAAAAAUCUUCAGACCCUUGCUGUUGCAGUGGCUUCUCAGAAUGCUGUGUUGCUGGAAGGGCCAAUAGGAAGUGGCAAAACUUCUUUAGUUGAAUAUUUAGCUGCAAUGACAGGUAGAAGGAAACCUCCUCAACUUCUCAAAGUCCAGCUGGGAGAUCAGACCGACAGCAAGAUGCUAUUGGGCAUGUAUCGUUGUACAGAUGUCCCUGGAGAGUUUGUAUGGCAACCUGGCACCCUGACACAGGCAGCCACAAAAGGCUAUUGGAUCCUUCUGGAGGAUAUUGACUAUGCUCCCUUAGACGUGGUUUCUGUGUUGAUUCCUCUGCUGGAGAAUGGAGAGCUUUUGAUUCCUGGCCAAGGUGACUGUCUGAAAGUAGCUCCUACAUUUCAGUUAUUUGCAACCAGGAGACUCUUGAGCUGUGGAGGAAGUUGGUAUCGACCACUGAAUAGUCAUGCUACUAUGCUAGACAAAUACUGGACUAAAAUUCACUUGGAUAAUCUGGACAAGAAAGACCUGAAUGAGGUUCUUCAGAGCAGAUAUCCAAGCCUUUUGGCCGAAACUGAUUACUUACUAGACAUUUACAUUGAGCUUACUGGAGAAAAACAUUGCUGUCCAAGUGAUAGUUCUGUUGGCAAUGAACAGGCACCACAGGAAGUUUCAAGAGAAAAGAGAAGAAUGGUCCAUGAGGGAAGAGAAUUAUCUUUAAGGGAUCUCCUGAAUUGGUGUAAUAGAGUUGCUUAUGGUUUUGACAGUACAUCUUCAUCAGCUUCGUUACAUGUUUUUCAGGAGGCUCUGGACUGUUUCACUGCCAUGCUUUCUGAGCCGACAAAAAAACUGAAAAUGGCAGAAAUCAUUGGAAGCAAACUGAACAUUUCCAAGAAAAAGGCUGAAUUUUUCUGUAAACUUUAUAAACCGGAAAUUGUUAUUAAUGAGUUAGAUGUUCAAGUAGGUCGAGUGCGGCUUUUGCGGAAACAGAGUGAAGCUGUUCACAUACAGAAGAAGAAGUACACUUUUGCUGCUACUCGCCCAUCCUCUGUUCUCCUUGAGCAGCUUGCAGUGUGUGUCAGUCAAGGGGAGCCUGUAUUGUUAGUGGGAGAGACCGGAACUGGUAAAACGUCUGCUGUCCAGCACUUGGCUCGUGCCACAGGUCACCAUUUGAGAGUUGUCAAUAUGAAUCAACAAAGCGACACCGCAGACUUGCUUGGAGGGUUCAAGCCAGUAGACCAUAAGCUUAUUUGGCUGCCUUUACGAGAGGCAUUUGAGGAACUCUUUGUCCAGACGUUUUCCAAAAAACAAAAUUUUACCUUUUUGGGACACAUUCAGACGUGCUACAGGCAGAAACGAUGGCAUGAUCUCCUCAGACUGAUGCAACACGUACAAAAGUCAGCUAUUGCCAAGGAAGGAAGGGAGAGCCGGCCAGGGCUACUUCUGAAGGAGAAAUGGGAAGCAUUUGGCCUCAGACUCAACCAUGCCCAGCAGCAAAUGAAAAUGACGGAAAAUGCCCUUUUGUUUGCAUUUGUGGAGGGUACCUUGGCUCAGGCUAUAAAGAAAGGAGAGUGGAUCUUGCUGGAUGAGAUUAAUCUGGCUGCUCCUGAAACACUGGAGUGUCUGAGUGGUUUACUUGAAGGAUCUUCUGGCUCUCUGGUUUUACUUGAUCGAGGAGACACAGAGCCACUGGUUCGGCACCCUGAUUUUCGUUUAUUUGCAUGCAUGAAUCCAGCUACUGAUGUGGGCAAAAGAAAUCUCCCACCAGGAAUUAGAAAUAGGUUCACAGAACUUUAUGUAGAAGAAUUAGAGAGUAAAGAAGACUUACAAAUUCUUAUUGUGGAUUAUCUGAAAGGACUGAGUGUGAGCAAGAGCACCGUGCAAGGAAUUGUAAACUUCUACACUGCAUUGCGGAAAGAGUCUGGGACCAAAUUGGUGGAUGGCACUGGCCACAGACCUCACUACAGCCUUCGGACCCUCUGCAGGGCUUUACGGUUUGCAGCUUCCAACCCAUGUGGCAACAUCCAGCGCUCACUCUAUGAGGGCUUUUGUUUGGGUUUUCUAACACAGCUCGACAGGGCAUCACACCCAGUAGUUCAGAAGCUCAUCUGUCAAUACAUUAUUUCUGGCAAUGUCAAAAGUCUGCUGAAACAGCCUAUUCCAGAACCCAAAGGUGGCCGCCUUAUCCAGGUUGAAGGCUACUGGAUUUCAGUUGGAGACAAGGAGCCUACAAUAGAUGAAACAUAUGUUCUGACAUCUUCUGUUAAGCUGAACUUGAGAGAUAUAGUCCGCGUGGUCUCUGCAGGAACUUAUCCAGUGCUCAUACAGGGUGAAACAUCAGUUGGUAAAACAAGUCUGAUACGGUGGCUGGCUGCAGCUACUGGCAACCACUGUGUGCGAAUCAACAAUCAUGAGCACACAGAUAUUCAAGAAUACAUUGGUUGUUAUACGUCUGACACCUCCGGGAAGCUUGUCUUCAGUGAAGGGGUUCUUAUUGAUGCUAUGAGAAAAGGCUAUUGGAUUGUCUUGGAUGAAUUAAAUUUGGCACCUACUGAUGUGUUAGAGGCACUCAACAGACUGUUGGAUGAUAACCGGGAAUUGCUCAUAACAGAAACACAGGAAGUUGUUAGGGCACACCCUCGCUUCAUGCUUUUUGCCACUCAGAAUCCCCCAGGGCUUUAUGGAGGCAGAAAGGUGCUGUCUAGAGCCUUCAGGAACCGGUUUGUGGAGUUACACUUUGAUGAGUUGCCCAGUUCUGAGUUGGAAACGAUCUUGCACAAGCGAUGUAGUUUGCCGCCGUCUUACUGCAGUAAAUUGGUUAAAGUCAUGUUGGACCUUCAGUCCUACCGUAGACGGUCCUCGGUGUUUGCUGGAAAGCAGGGGUUUAUUGCCCUUCGAGAUCUGUUCCGAUGGGCUGAAAGAUACAGAUUGGCUGAGCAGACUGAGAAGGACUAUGAUUGGCUACAACAUUUAGCCAAUGAUGGUUUCAUGCUUCUGGCAGGCAGAGUCAGGAAGCAGGAGGAAGCUGAUGUAAUUCAAGAAGUCCUUGAAAAACAUUUCAAGAAAAAAUUGUGUCCUCAGUCUCUUUUCUCCAAAGAAAAUGUUCUGAAGUUACUGGGUAAAUCGUCUACCCAGUCAAGUCUGUUGGAAUCUCAGUUCAGCCAUGUAGUGUGGACCGAAGGCAUGCGGAGACUGGCAGUGUUGGUGGGCAGGGCACUGGAAUUUGGUGAACCUGUGUUGCUGGUUGGAGACACUGGGUGUGGGAAAACUACCAUCUGCCAAAUGUUUGCAUCCUUGGCAAAUCGGAAACUAUACUCAGUCAACUGCCACUUAAACAUGGAAACAUCAGACUUCCUGGGGGGCUUAAGGCCAGUGAGACAGAAGCCAAAUGACAAGGAAGAAUCGGACACAAGACUCUUUGAGUGGCAUGAUGGACCACUGGUUCUGGCCAUGAAGGAGGACAGCUUUUUCCUCUUAGACGAGAUCUCAUUGGCUGAUGACUCUGUCUUGGAAAGACUGAACAGUGUCCUUGAAGUGGAAAAGUCUCUGGUAUUGGCUGAGAAGGGCAGCCCAGAAGAUAAGGACAAUGAAGUAGAGCUCUUGACUGCAGGGAAACAUUUCCGGAUCUUAGCGACCAUGAACCCUGGGGGCGACUUUGGGAAAAAAGAGCUGUCUCCUGCCUUAAGAAACCGAUUUACAGAAAUAUGGUGCCCUCAAAGCACAAGGCGUGAAGACUUAAUUCAAAUAAUAAAUCAUAAUCUUCGUCCAGGAUUGUCUCUGGGCAGAAUAGGUCACAAAGGAGCUGACAUAGCUGAGGUGAUGCUGGAUUUCAUUGACUGGCUGACUCACCAGGAGUUUGGACGAAAGUGUGUGGUCAGUAUCAGAGAUAUUCUGUCUUGGGUUAACUUCAUGAACUCAAUGGCGGAGGAAGCUGCUGUGAAAAGGCUAGAGACCAUCUCUCCUGUGACGUCUUUUGUCCACGCCGCAUGCCUGGUGUAUAUAGACGGAAUAGGUUCAGGGGUAACUUCCUCUGGGUUUGGUACGGCCCUCUUGGCUCGAGAAGAAUGUCUGAAAUUCCUCAUAAAGAAACUUUCCAAGGUAGUCCGGCUGACAGAAUGUCAGAAAGAUGAGUUGAAGAUUUAUGAUAGACUGAAACCCAAAGAAUUCACUGGUGUGGAUGACCUUUGGGGAGUUCACCCAUUCUUUAUACCAAGAGGACCUGUCCUGAAUGGGCACAAUAUUGCUGACUAUGCACUCAGUGCAGGCACCACAGCUAUGAAUGCCCAAAGGCUCUUAAGAGCUGCUAAACUGAGCAAACCUAUUCUCCUGGAGGGCUCACCUGGUGUUGGCAAGACAAGUUUGGUGGCUGCAUUAGCAAAGGCUUCAGGAAAUACCCUGGUUCGAAUCAACUUGUCAGAGCAGACGGACAUAACUGAUCUGUUUGGAGCAGAUCUACCUGUGGAAGGUGGCAAAGGUGGAGAGUUUGCCUGGUGUGAUGGCCCCUUGCUGGCAGCUUUGAAAGCAGGCCAUUGGGUUGUGUUGGAUGAGCUUAAUCUGGCCUCUCAGUCCGUACUAGAAGGACUCAAUGCUUGCUUUGAUCAUCGAGGAGAAAUCUAUGUACCAGAGCUAGGCAUGAGCUUUCAAGUUCAGCAUGAAAAGACCAGGAUUUUUGGUUGUCAAAAUCCCUUUAGACAAGGAGGUGGGAGGAAGGGCUUGCCCAAGUCUUUCCUUAACAGAUUCACUCAGGUCUUUGUGGAUCCCCUUACAGUAGUUGACAUGGAGUUCAUUGCCAGUACUUUGUUCCCAGCCAUUGACAAAAAUAUUGUUAAGAAAAUGGUAGCUUUCAAUAACCAUAUUGAUCAUGAAGUGACUGUGGAGAAGAAAUGGGGGCAAAAAGGCGGACCCUGGGAAUUCAACCUCCGAGACCUCUUCCGCUGGUGUCAGCUGAUGCUGGUUGACCAAUCUCCCGGCUGCUAUGAUCCCAGUCAGCAUGUGUUUCUAGUUUAUGGAGAAAGGAUGAGAACCAGGGAGGACAAGGAAAAAGUCAUCACGGUGUUUAAGGAUGUGUUUGCUUCCAAUUCCAAGCCAUACAUGGGGACUAGACUAUUUCAUAUCACUCCCUAUGACGUUCAGAUCGGCUACUCAGUCCUUUCUCGCAGCAGCUAUGUUCCUCAUCCGUCCCGCCGGCCCCUGUCACUCCUGCACCAGUCAUUCCAGUCUCUGGAACCCAUCAUGAAGUGUGUGCAGAUGAGCUGGAUGGUCAUCCUUGUGGGGCCAGCCUCUGUGGGCAAGACCAGCCUGGUUCAGCUUCUGGCACACCUUACUGGCCACACCUUAAAGAUCAUGGCUAUGAAUAGUGCAAUGGAUACUACUGAGCUUCUAGGCGGAUUUGAGCAGGUUGAUAUUAUCCGACCUUGGAGGCUCCUGCUUGAGAAGGUAGAGCACACUGUCAGGGCACUGCUAAGGGACAGUCUUCUUAACAGUGCUGAUGACACAGAAGUAGUGUUGCGAGCCUGGAGCCAUUUCCUUCUGACAUACAAACCCAAAUGUCUUGGUGAAGAUGGUAAAGGUGUCACCAUGGAGAUUGUCAACAAACUGGAAGCAGUAUUGCUGCUUAUGCAGCGACUCAAUAAUAAAAUCAACUCAUAUUCCAAAGCAGACUUUGCCAAACUUGUCGAGGAGUUCCGGGGUUUCGGGGUGAAGCUUCUGCAGUCAGCCAGUGGCCGGAGCCAUGGCAGCUUUGAGUGGGUUGACAGCAUGUUAGUUCAGGCCCUGAAGUCUGGAGAUUGGCUUUUGAUGGACAAUGUUAACUUCUGCAAUCCAUCAGUGCUGGAUCGUCUGAAUGCUUUGCUCGAGCCUGGUGGUGUCCUCACCAUUAACGAAAGAGGAAUGGUAGAUGGAGCCACUUCCACAGUAACACCACACCCCAAUUUCAGGCUUUUUCUCUCCAUGGAUCCUGUUCAUGGAGAAAUUUCCAGAGCUAUGAGGAAUCGUGGACUUGAAAUCUAUAUUUCAGGAGAAGGGGAUGAAAGCAUCCCAGAUAACCUGGAUUUGAAAGUUCUGCUUCACAGCCUUGGGUUGGUGGGGGACAGUGUGUGUAACAUCCUCUUGGCUCUGCACACAGAGGUCCAGAGCACUGUUAGAGGUUCUCCAACAUCAUCUGUUUCUACUCUCAGUCAGGCAGCCAUACUCAUUGUUCAGUACUUACAGCGAGGUCUGAAUUUAGACAAAGCAUUUUUUGAAGCAUGCUGGGAUGUGUAUGUCUGCUCUCAGCACUCAGCAGCAAACCGGAAGCUUGUGCAGGCUUUGCUGGAGAGUCAUACCUCAUCUCUGCAAGUUCGGGAAACCUGGGGACACUCCAUUCUUGCCACAGGGCUGUGGCCCGAUUCUGUGCCUUCAGCUCUCUUUGCAACAGAAGAUUCUUGCCUCUCUGUUGUCCGAAGUGACGGGCAGAUCCUGGCAUACUGCCUCAACAGGCUGAGCCUGAAAACUAGCAGCUGGACAAGGAGUCAGCCUCUUACUUUGCAAGACUUAGAGAACAUUAUGCAGACUUGUAGCCCUGAGAACCUGACAUUCAGUACAGUGAAAGUGGAUACUUACUGGGUCGAUGAACCAGAAGUUUUAGCCGUGGCUGUUCAAUUGCUCAUAGAAAGAGCAACCAAUCAGGAUUGGAUGCUCAGAGUGAAAUGGCUUUGUCAUUUAGCCAAGAACAUACCACAGGGGCUUGAGUCAGUGCAGAUUCAUCUGGAAGGCAGUGCCACUGCUCUUAGAAACUUUUACUCCAACUCCCUCUCAGCUGGAGUCAGGAAUGUCUUGAAAAUGUUACAGACAAACAUGACGGAUGACUUUGUGAUUCCUCUGGAUCCCCGGUGGAAUAUGCAGGCUUUGGACAUCAUUAGAAAUUCUCUGGACUUUGAUCCACAAGCAGACCAGUCUGAACAACUCUUUGCCCUUUUAGAAUCAGUUGCAAACAAGACAAUUAUCUAUCUUCACCGGGAAAAGAGGAUUUUCACUGAAGCAAAUUUGGUGUCUGUUGGUAAUAAAAAGUUAAGAAGUAGUGUUUUGAGGAUGUCUUUUGAAUUCCAUAAAGAUCCAGAGAGCUAUCACAACCUGCCCCAUGAAAUUGUGGCCAAUCUUGCUGCUUUUUUUGAACUUUGUGAUGCACUGAUCCUGCUCUGGGUACAGUCUCCCCAAGCGAUAGUUCCUGAUACCCAUGUCAAUAAGAUCUUAGGUUCUGUGCAGUGGCGGGACCGGUUUUGGACUGUGGCUGAUAUGGUGACAGUAGAUGCCCCAGGUCUGGCUUUGCUUGCCCUCCACUGGCACUGGGUUUUGAAACAUUUAAUCCAUCAGAUCCCCCAACUCCUGGUGAAUCAUGAAGACAAAUAUUAUAAAGAGGUACAGACUGUCUCCGAGCACAUCACCAGUUGUCUGGGCAACCCAUCUGCCAGCUUUGCUGGCGUAAAGAAGCUGCAGGCGUUCCUGGGACGGCCAUUUCCUUUUAAGGACAAGCUGGUAGUGGACUGUUUUUCACAGCUGCAAGUCCUUAGCAGAGCCCUUGCCAUCAGAGAACAGCUGCCUGUCUUUGGGGAGUGUGGGUGGCAAGAAGACAUUAAUCGUCUCCAAGUGGUUGCUUCAGAAUGGAAUUUGAAGAAGAGUCUCCUACAGGCCUGGGGAUUGAUCCUCAGAGCUAACAUUCUGGAUGGUGUCAAUCUAGAUGAAUUGAAGACUCUUGUGAACAAUCAGUGUUUAGAACUAAAAUCCAGAGGACUUUCACAUGGCUUUCUGGGAAAAGCACAUGAGACUUCUUCCACAUCUCAGCCAGACUUCAACUCUUUAGUCCACCUCACCAGGAGUGUUCAGCUGUGGCCUGCGACGGAAUACCUGGCUAUGCUGUGGCAGUACAGAGUGACAGCUGAUUUUGUAACCCAGGCUUGUCUGAGAUGGUCAAGCAAACACCAGCAGAUGGAUGAGGAGAUCGGUCAUCACAUCACAUUUUGUCUCAAGCACACACCAAUUGCACCUCAAAAGCUUUGGAAUCUUUGGUCUUUGCUGCAUUAUCCCAAGCUAUCUGCUGAAGAAGUUUCUUGUUUGUGGUCAGAGUUAUUUAACUCUACAUUUGGGUCUUUCUGGAGCAGUACAGUUACCACAAAUCUAGAGUAUUGGCUGACAUGGAGCCCUCUGUCUAAUACACAGCAGCAGGAGGGGCCCAAGUCCCGACUGGACUCCACAUUGAAGGGCCCCGGCAGCCUCUGCAGAGCUGUGUUCUCCAAGUGCUGCUUCAGUGUAUUAACAAGCAGCAGCAGAGCAAGUCACUGGGACGUAAGCGGCCUACCCCUCCUGUCUUCCUCACACGUCACCCUGGGAGAGUGGGUUGAGAGAUCCCAGCAGCUGCAGGAUAUCAGCUCAUUGCUGUGGACCAAUAUGGCUGUGCCUUCAGUAGCAGAAUUCAGACGCACGGACUCUCGGCUCCAGGGCCUGGUCCUGUGCUGGCACCUGCUCAGCCUCACAGAACUGCUUCCAGUGCACCAGCGGCAGAAGUAUGUACAGAACUGUGAACAUCUGCUGCUUGGGGAUAGCCAGGCCUUCCAACAUGUGGACCAGACUCUCGGGAACAUGGGUGCUCAGGAGGCACUUCCCAAAGAACUACUCUGUCUCUUGCUCACCUCCCUGCACUACUUUUUUGGUGAAGGGGAGAGUAAGCAGAACCUCCCUGAAGCAGCCCAGCGUGGGAGACUCUGGGUGAGCCUUGGCUUACUCCAGAUUCAGACUUGGCUUCCCCAGGCACGUUUCGACCCUGCAGUGAAGAAGGCAUACAAGCUCAAGUAUGCCCAAGAGGAGUUAAGCCAGCUGCAGUGUGAGUGGAAGACCCGGAACCUGUGGUCCCACCUGCAAACUGGAAGAGACCUGGAAGACGAAACAAUUGUCAGCCACUCUCAUCCACACAUCAGGUUCCUUCCCCAAAGGAUCAGUGAGCUGGAGAAUGUAGUCCACAACCUGUCAAAAAAACAGGCCUUCAGACCUCACCUGCCCAGUUAUGAGUCCUUGGUGCAAGAGAUCCACCACUACGUCACUAGCAUAGCCAAGGUCACUGCUGUCCAGGACCUGCUCAUGCGACUCCUUCAGGCGCUCCAUACAGACGGAUCAAGGUCUGCUCAAGUGCUCCAGAACCUUCUAAAGGAGGAGGCCUCUUGGCAGCAGUCACAUCACCAGUUUAGGAAGCGAUUGGUAGAAGAGUAUGCCUUGUAUCCAGACACUGUUACCCCACUACAGGCAUCCAUCUUGCAGUUACAGCAUGGCAUGAGGCUAGUAGCAUCUGAAGUCCAUGCCUCCCUGCACAGCAGUGUGAUCUGUGCAGAAAAUCUGGGGUCCCUGGUCAUGGCUGUGCUAGCUUUCCCAUCUGUCGGCCCCACUUUCCCUACCUACCAUGCUCAUGCAGAUGCUCUGUGCUCCGUGAACUCAGUGGAAGCUCUGCAAGGUCUUGGGAAACUGAUGGUCAAGCGUUCGGGAGGAAAGGAAAGAGAAGGCAAGAGCCAGCAACCUUACCCUACCCGGGAGCAGUUACUGAUGAAUGCUCUCCUUUACCUGCGCUCCCAUGUGCUAUACAAAGGCGAGCUGGACCAGAGGGCCCUGCUGCUCUUCAGACAUCUCUGCCAAGAGAUCAUCAAUGAGUGGGAUGAGCAGGAACGCAUAGCCCAAGAGAAGGCAGAGCAAGAGAAUAGCCUGUACAGAUACCGGAGCAGGAGCUGCAGGACAGCCCUGAGUGAGGAGGAGGAAGACGAACUCGAGCUCAGGAAACUGUUCCCACUGCAUGAAAAGGACUUUGCAGAUAUUUUGAUAGAACACACACUAGAGGAGAAAGAAGGAGCUUCAGAUGGGCAAGAAGAGGAGGAAGCCGCAGACCCAGCUCUCCUGUCCCAGAGUUCGAUGCAGGCAGUGAUGCUGAUCCAUCAGCAGCUGUGCCUCAGCUUUGCACGGUCCCUUUGGUACCAACAGACUGUGCCACCACAUGAAGCCAAGCACUACCUCAGCCUGUUUCUCUCCUGCUAUCAGACUGGCGCAUCUCUGGUGACACACUUCUACCCUCUGAUGGGAGUUGAGCUGAAUGACCAGCUCUUGGGCAGUCAACUCUUGGCCUGCACUCUCUCCUAUAACACCCUCUGUGGGGAGGCAACCUCAGACCUGAUCAUGAAGCCUGAUGGGCCCUAUGACUUCUACCAGCACCCCAAUGUGGCAGAAGCACGCCAGUGCCAACCUGUGCUUCAAGGUUUUUCAGAAGCUGUCAAUCAGUUGCUGGAGGAGUGGCCAGAGCACCCCGUACUUCAGCAGCUUCUGGUCGUAAUGGACAGAAUCCGUGGUUUCCCACUUUCCAGUCCCAUCUCAAAGCUCCUGAAUGGCUUAGAGAUCCUUCUGGCAAAGGCACAAGAUUGGGAGGAGAACGCAAGUCGAGCAUUGUCUCUCCGGAAACAUCUUGAUUUAGUCAGUCAGAUGAUCAUUCGGUGGCGUAAACUGGAGCUGAACUGCUGGUCAAUGAGUUUGGAUAAUACCAUGAGACGCCAUACUGAGAAAUCCACCAAGCACUGGUUCUCCAUCUAUCAGAUGCUGGAGAAGCACAUGCAGGAACGCACAGAGGAGCAAGAAGAUGACAAGCAGAUGACCCUGAUGUUGCUGGUCAGCACAUUACAAGCAUUUAUUGAAGGAUCUUCGCUGGGAGAAUUCCAUGUACGACUCCAAAUGUUACUGGUUUUCCAUUGUCAUGUCUUACUGAUGCCACAAAUCGAAGGGAAAGAUUCACUUGGCAGUGUUCUGUGGAAUUUGUACCAUUUUUACAAGCAAUUUCUUGACCCGGUCCAAGCUAAAAUUGUGGAACUUCGCUCCCCCAUAGAAAAAGAACUUAAAGAAUUUGUGAAGAUAUCAAAGUGGAAUGAUGUCAGCUUCUGGUCUAUUAAACAAUCUGUGGAAAAGACACAUAGGACCCUCUUUAAAUUCAUGAAGAAAUUUGAAGCUGUCCUGAAUGAACCCUGUCAGUCAUGUCUGGUAGAGAGCAACAAGGAAGAACACCCUGACUGUUUGCCAAAGCCAACAGAGGAAGCUGCAGUGGUGGCAUCACCCAUUCAGUGUCUGAACAGGGCACUGAGGGAGACCCUGUUAGCCCAGCCAACAGCAUGGCAGGCUUCAGUUCCAGAUCAAUGUCAGGAUGCUGGUCCUCUGUCUGUGGAAGGAGAGCUUCUGCGUCGCUUGCCAAGACUCUCAAAGCGGAUGAGGAAAAUGUGCCUGAGGUUUAUGAAGGAGAGCCCCCUACCUAACCUGGUGGAAAGCCUUGACCAGUUCACUGGUGAAGUGAUUUCCUCUGUAAGUGAGUUGCAGAACUUAAAUGUGAAUCCCUCUGCUGAGAAAGAGAAGCAGCAAUCAGAAGCCAAGCACAUUCUCAUGCAGAAGCACCGAGCUUUGUCGGAUCUCUUUAAACACCUUGCAAAAAUUGGUCUGUCGUAUCGUAAAGGUCUUGCCUGGGCCCGUUCAAAAAGUCCUCAAGAGUUGCUUCACCUUCACCCAUUAGAUCUCCAGAGCGCAUUGUCUAUCGUCAGCAGCACUCGGGAGGCCGAUGCCAGGCUCCUCACAGAAAUUUCGUCUUUGUGGGAUGGGUGCCAGAAGUAUUUUUAUCGCUCCCUUGCACGGCACACCAGGCUUACUGCAGCCCUAGCGACUCCUGUCAAGGAGAUUGGCAUGGGUAAUGUUGACAGGUGUAAAGGGUUCUCAGCACACUUGAUGAAGCUGCUCAUCCGACAGCGCCGUUCCCUGACCACACUGACUGAGCAGUGGAUCAUCCUCAGGAACCUCCUCGGCUGUGUCCAGGAGAUUGACAGCAGGCUGACUGGGCCUCCCGUCUAUCCUGUGGCCUUCCCACCUCAGGACAGUGUGCAGCAGUGGACAGAACGACUGCAGCACCUGGCCAUGCAGAGCCAGAUCCUGCUGGAGCAGCUCUCCUGGCUCCUCCAGUGCUGCCCCAGUGCAGGGCCGACUGGAGGCCGCAGUGAUGCUCCAGUGCAGGAGCAGCCUUCUGCACCCCACCUGGGAAGAACAGAUACCAGGGGGCCAGUAUCGGGGGCAAUGCCAGACUUACUUCCCUCUGAUCUGAGCUACCCAUCCCCAGUACCUAGAAGUCAGCUGCCAUCUGGUUGCCAAAUGCGGAGACAAGAUCGACUUUGGCAGCAGUCAACUGCAGGGUUGACAGAGCUGCUGAAAACCAUUAAAACUGUGAAAGCUGGUGUUGACAAAAUUAGACAGCAGUCUUGUGAGACCCUCUUUCAUACAUGGGAAGAUUUUGAAGUUUGUUCUUCUGGGCUGAAUUGCCUGUCCCAAGUGUCAGCUCAUUUGCAAGGCCUAGAGUCCUUGUUCAUUCUUCCAGAGAUAGAGGCUGAGCAAACAGAUGCACGAAUGGCAUUAGUUGAAAGCCUGGAAUAUCUAAGAGGAGAAGUUAGUAAAGCCAUUCAUGACUUCACUGCCUGGAAAGCACGUCUCUUCAUUUCACACAGGCAAGGAGGAAACCAGAUGUUGGAGGAAAGCUUUGUUGAAGACUUUUCAGAGCAAAUAGAAACUGCCAUCCGGGCCAUCCUCUGCACCAUCCAGAACUUAGCAGAAAGAAACAAUAAGAAAGCUGAAGACAGCCCCGCUGAAAAGAGACCACAAGGAGAGGAUGAAAUGAAAGAAGAGGCAGGCUUUGAGAGACUGCAGCCAGGACAUCUAACCAAACUCUUAGAGGACGACUUCUGGGCCAGUGUGAGCACUUUACAUGUCCAGAAAAUCAUUUCUUCUGUCUCGGAGCUGCUGGAGAGGCUAAAGUCCUGCAGUGAGGAUAGCAGCACGACCAAGCACAAGGUCUUCAGCCAGUCCUGCUGCUUGCUAGUGCGCCUGGUCCCCAUGCUCUGCAGCUUCUCAGACCUUAUCCUCUUCUUCCUGGCCCUGUCUCUGGCAACUCACCGGAGCACUGCCAAGCUGCUCUCUGUGCUUGCCCAGACCUUCACAGAGCUCGCCCAGAAGGGGUUUUGCUUACCUAAAGAGUUGAUGGAAGAUGCAGCAGGAGAGGGAGCAACACAGUUCCAUGACUACGAGGGAGGUGGGAUCGGAGAUGGCGAGGGCAUGAAGGAUGUGAGUGACCGGAUAGAAAAUGAGGAACAGGUAGAAGAUACAUUUCAGAAGGGUCAAGAGGACAAGGAGGACCUUAACUCAAAGCCUGAUACUAAAGGCGAGGACAAUGCCAUUGAGAUGUCAGAAGACUUCGAUGGGAAAAUGCAUGAUGGCGAGCUUGAAGAAGAAGAGGAUGAUGAGAAAUCUGAUAGUGAAGAUGGAGACCUGGAUAAACAGAUGGGCAAUCUCAAUGGAGAGGAAGCGGACAAACUAGAUGAGAGGCUUUGGGGAGACGAUGAGGAAGAAGAUGAGGAAGAUGAGGAAGAUGGAGGGAAAGCUGAAGAAACAGGACCGGGAAUGGAUGAGGAAGAUUCUGAACUGGUUGCUAAAGAUGACAGUUUGGAUGCUGGGAAUUCAAACAAACAUAAAAAGCAUCAAGAUGAGAAGGAAGAAUCAGAACCUGAAGAUGGUGAACAAGGCCAAGAGAAAAUUAAUGAGCAGAUUGACGAGAGAGAAUAUGAUGAGAAUGAGGUAGACCCUUACCAUGGCAAUCAGGAAAAGCUGCCAGAACCUGAUGCCUUGGAUCUUCCAGAUGAUUUGAAACUUGACAGUGAGGACAAAAAUGAUGGUGAGGAUACAGACAAUGAGGAAGCAGAAGAAGAGAAUCCUUUGGAGAUCAAAGGAAAAACAGAAGAUAUGGAAGAAACAGACCGUGAAACUGAAGAGCCCGAGGCUGAUCCCAGUGAAGGUGACAGUCCACGUGAGCCUGAGGAAGGCCCUGGUGAAGGUGAGGAGAAUAUGGACACAGGAGCUGAUGACCAAGACAAAGAUACAGCCAACCAUGCAGAAGAGCACUCGGAGGAGGAGGAGGCGGUGGCAGAGGAGGAGGAGGACGAAGAUGACAGGGCUGCCACUGAUAGAGGUGGAGAGAGUGGGGCCAGCCCUGCUGACCAAGGUCUCCAGCCCCAGAAAGAGGAAGAGGAAGGAGAGAAGUCUGACGCUGAAGAGGAAGUGCCAGAGGCCACAGAGAGAAAAGAGCAUGCCUCCUGCGGGCAGACUGGUGUGGACAGUGUGCAGAGUGCACAGGCCGUGGAGCUAGCUGGAGCUGCGCCAGAGAAGGAGCAGGGCAAAGAGGAACAUGGCACUGGAGCUGCGGAUGCAAACCAAGCAGAAGGACACGAAUCCAACUUGAUUGCACGUUUGGCCUCCCAGCAGCACACCAACAAAAAUACCCAGAGUUUUAAGAGGAAACCUGGGCAGGCUGACAACGAACGCUCCAUGGGUGACCACAAUGAGCAUGUGCAUAAGAGGCUGAGGACUGUGGAUACAGACCGAAACCCCGAGCAAGGGCCAGCCCAGCCUCAGGCUCGGGUGGAAGACUCAGACACGUUUGAACAUAUUAAGCAAGGCAGUGAUGCAUACGACGCACAAACCUAUGAUGUGGCCAGUAAUGAACAACAGCAGACUGCAAAGAACUCUGGACAGGAUGCAGAGGAGGAAACGGAAGAUAUCCUCAUGCAUACAGAGGAGGAGCUGCUCAGAGCAGAAGACACAGAACAGCUGAAGCCAGAGGCAGUCAAGUCAGAUACUGCUGUGGCCUCUGGCUCUAAUGAGAUGGAUAUGGAUACUCAAACAGUUCAAACAAAAGAAGACCAAGACCCAAGAACAACCACGUCUCACCAGGAGACAGAGAAGCCAGAAAGAAGCCGAGACUCGACCAUUCAUACACUUCGUCAGUUGCUUGUGGAUACAGUUUUCCAACCCCUUUUAAAAGAUGUCAGUGAGCUGAGGCAGGAGAUGGAGCGGCAGCUGGAGACGUGGCAGGCCCACGACUAUGGGGAUGCAGAAGAAGAGAAGGCUGCAGCUGAGAUGUGGCAGAAUUACCUAGUCUUAACUGCAUCUCUUUCACAACAGCUGUGUGAGCAGCUUCGUCUGCUAUUAGAACCUACACAGGCAGCCAAGCUGAGGGGAGACUAUCGCACGGGCAAGCGACUGAACAUGCGGAAGAUCAUUCCAUACAUUGCCAGUCAGUUUCGAAAAGACAGGAUUUGGCUUCGAAGGACCAAGCCCAGUAAACGGCAGUAUCAGAUUUGUCUGGCCAUUGAUGACUCUUCCAGCAUGGUAGAUAACCACACCAAACAGCUUGCAUUUGAGUCUUUGGCUGUGAUUGGUAAUGCUCUAACUCUCCUGGAAGUGGGUCAGAUUGCAGUGUGCAGUUUUGGAGAAUCGGUGAAGCUGUUGCAUCCGUUCCACGAGCAGUUCGGUGACUCUUCUGGGUCUCAGAUUCUACGACUCUGCAAGUUCCAACAGAGGAAGACUAAGAUUGCUCAGUUUCUAGAGUCUGCAGCCAGAAUGUUUGCAGCUGCCCAGAAACUGGCACAGAACGUCAGCCCAGAGACUGCACAGCUACUCCUCAUAGUUUCUGAUGGACGAGGCCUUUUCCUCGAAGGCAAAGACAGAGUCCUGGCGGCAGUCCAGGCUGCCCAGAAUGCCAACAUCUUCGUCAUUUUUGUUGUAUUGGAUAAUCCCAACUCACGGGAUUCUAUCUUGGACAUUAAAGUACCAAUAUUUAAAGGACCAGGAGAGAUGCCUGAAAUCCGAUCUUACAUGGAAGAGUUCCCCUUUCCAUUUUACAUCAUUCUCCGAGAUGUGAAUGCACUUCCUGAGACCCUCAGUGAUGCCCUGAGGCAGUGGUUUGAGCUGGUGACAGCAUCUGACCACUCAUAGAGCAGAACCCGCCUGUGGUAAUGCUGUGACCUCAGCGUCUUCCCCUGGGAUCCCUUAGACAACCAUUGUGAACUCAGGCUCUGAGACUGCUUCAUCUGGGUUCUGGUGUGUGUGUGUGUGUGUGUGUGUGUGUGUGUGUGUGUGUGUGUGUGUGUGUGUGUGUUUUAAUGUAUCCAGCAGUUACAAAACAAAACAAGAUUGCACUAUACGUUGUAUUACACCCGAGCAGAGCUUAGCGAGCUCUUGAGUUCCCUGCUGUGCCGAGCCCUGAAGCUCACAGCGAUACCGAUACCGGGCGGGCUUGGGACUGGGGACCGGGUAGAGGUCACCCUGCCCCUCUCUGGAGUCCAGCCACUUACUUUCCUCUGGCAGUGGCCUCGACACCCUUCUUGAGGAAAUGCUUCCGGGAGCACGGGGCUGCCUCUGCCGGUCCUUUGGAGAUCCUGUUGGUCCUUGCCUUAAGCUCUACCUGUAGAGUUCCUUGGUUGGGUGCUACUUAUCCUGCUUAGAAGGCAGGAAACGUAGCGGGGAUGUUCUCAUAACGCACCCAGCAGAGUUCUCAGCAAAGAUGAGCGUAGAGCUGUGCGGAAACGAAGCAGCUCUUUGUGCCCUUCACAGUGGCUGCUGGGGAGACUAUGCAAUAAUGGAAAGGGACCCCUUCUUCAUUCUGACUGCCUGAGCCCCUUGCUGUGACUUAUCCCUUAGCCGCCCUUCCCCGUGUCAGGAGGAGGAACUGUUCCUCAUACUGCUUUCAGGCCCCGAGCCAGUCUCCCUGUGGACAGGAAUAAUGCUGUAUCCACGAGAGCUAAGCCGCUCCAUCUUCCUCGCUCACACCGAGCAUGGUUGUGGUGGGUUUGGUUUGCUAGGAGGUGGGGGCAGGUUUCCUUGGCCAGAAAGCAGUGUUUGAAUACUUGAAAUCACGUGCUGUGUUCUAUUUAAAUGUUGUUUGUAGACAGUGUCUGUGCAUCUGUCUCCGUGUCUGUUUGCAGCUUACACUGUGACGUGCGCCACCCUUCUGUGACGGUCAUCAAAGACAGGUUGCUUAUUGUUUAACAGAGUGUCCGAAGCAUGUGCUUAAAGUUAUAUUAUUUUUAUUCGAAAACGCUAUGCAGCUUAUAUUCUGAAAGCUAUUAAAUGAUUGUUGAGUUAA